AGCUGGGUUCACAGAGAAAGAAGAAACGGGAAAGCUAAGCGACUGAGAGAGAGAGAGAGAAAUGCCGCCACCUUGGGGUCCACCGCCACCAGGCCCGCCGGGACCAUUCGGAUGCUUCGGCGCGCUGUGUAAUGGCAUCUGCCGGCUGUGUUCUUCUUGUUUAUAUAUUGUGUGCUGCUGCUGCCUCUUCGAGAGCUGCUGCGGACCAUUGUUCGGUGGACCUCCUCCUCCUCCCGGACCCCCUUUCUGACACCUGCGCUCCUCUUCUUCUCUUUGCUGAAUAUCAACGCCCCUCCUUCCACCCUCCAUUUGUAAUUUGUCUUAUUUCAGUUGCUCUGCCGUCCGACUCCAUUGUGGAUCUUUUCUUCCUAAUACUAUUUUAUAUUCCCGCAGUUGCUAUCCCGAAUGAGCCAAACUUUAAUUGGCAGGACAAUGAUAACAAACUCGUAUAUCGCUCUUGGCUCUUGUCCAACACGUGUAGAAUGGAUUUGUGAGACCUCUCAACCCCCCAAAAAAAAAAAAACAUUACUGCUACUUUGUAAUCUUCAGCUUUCAGUCAAAAUGGUUUUAGUUCUACUUUAUUCGGUUUCACAAGCCUGAGAAAUUGCAACUGAAAUCAAGUGGGUUUGCUGGUUGUGAAUUGAAGUGUCAUUCUGGAGUUUCAAGGAUUUUUUUUUAUUUAAUAAAGAAGGUUUACAGAAUUCUUGGUCUAAA